GUUUGUUGAAGAGCCAUGAAGAUUCUCUGACAUCAGUCUAUCUAAAAGUGUUUUUCCUCUACAGCAUCACAGUAUGGCUUCUGUGGCUGCAUUAUUAAUGCUUUUGCCUGUUGCGUGGACAUGCACUCCCCAAAAAGCAGACUACGUUAUGGUGUCAUGUUUCCCCAACGCCAUCAUUGCCAACGUCCCAGAGUGUCCUUACGGCUGGGAGAUUGACCAGCUGUCCCUGGGUGGAGCCUGUUACUCUGGAAUACGCAGCCCUGGUUACUACCGCUUCACUAUCCCAGACCUGACACCCAAAAACCACUCGUACUGUGGCACACACUCUGAGUACAUGUCCGGCAAAGACCCAAAGUACAUCUUCUAUAACUCCAUCGUGUCCAACGACACGUUGCUCACAGUCAGAAACCAGCCGGUCAACUACACCUUCAGCUGCAUGUACCGAGCAGCGUACCUGGUAAACAACGCGGUGUUCAGCCAAAGAGUGGCAACAGUUUAUGUCAACAACGGGAGUUUAGGCACUUUUAAGUCGCAGUUGUCUAUGACUGUUUUCACGAAUUCAAAGUACCUGUAUACCAAGGAUGCUCCCUAUGUGAUCGACACUUCUGACAUUGGCUCUGAAGUCUUCAUCGGCAUCGAGGCCAAAGGACUAAGUAACAGAUUCAAAGUUGUAAUAAAGAACUGCUGGGCCACUCCUACUCCAUACUCAACAGACAAGAAGAGGUGGAGUCUCAUCAUUAACAGCUGCUCCUCCGACAACACUGUGACUAUUUUUGAGAACGGCAAAGACAGCCGCUCCAUGUUCAAGUUCAACUCUUUCCGCUUCCAGCGGCUGGAGAAGGUUUCCACUGUCUGGCUUCACUGUGAGGUCCAGGUUUGUGAUGGAGAGAAGCUCGUCUGUCAGCCAGGCCCCUGCUCGUUCAGAAGUCUGUCAGCAGAGCCAGAACCAAGUGGGGGGAUCCUUACUGCUGAGUUUCACAUUAAAGGUAUUGAUUCCUCCAAUAAUGGACACAUACAAGGCACUUCACUAUUCAUCCUGCUGGCGGUCAUCUUAAACACAUGUUGUCAUUUAGUAAAUGGAUCAAGAAUGUAGUAAAAACUCUUAAUUCAUGUCACAUUUCACUCAAAUGAAAAGAUCUUCUCACCAUCUCACAGAUAUUAUUUGUGAUUAGCACAUUUAU